UCGGUUACUCUCCCAGAUUCCGUAUCUCUUUUUUCAGUCGUGGGGAUUUUUUAAAAAGAGCAGGUUGUCUCGAUGUAGGGCAUGCUAUGACAGCGUCAUUACUUCUCCAUUCGCGCUGGAUUGACCCAGUCAUGUUUCUGUAUGAUAACGGUUUGGAUGAGAUAAAUAAAAACAUGGAGGGGUUCACAGGAGGCAAUUUUGCAGCAAAUCAGUGCAGGAAUUUGUUGGCGCAUCCGACGUCCCUGGCUCCAAGCACUACCUACACGUCGAGCGAGGUGCCAGUACCUGGCAUGGGCGAAGCUGUCAAACAAUGCAGCCCCUGUUCCGCAGCCCAAAGUUCAUCAAAUGCGUCCUUGCCGUAUGGAUAUUUUGGCAGCAGCUACUACCCGUGUAGGAUGUCACACGGCAGCGUCAAGUCCUGCGCGCAACCCUCCUCUGCCUAUGGGGACAAAUACAUGAACACAUCCGUUUCAGGAGAGGAGUUCCCAGGGUCCAGGGCGAAGGAAUUCGCUUUCUACCAAGGCUACUCCUCCAGCCCUUACCAACCUGUCUCCAGCUAUCUGGACGUCCCAGUGGUACCCACCCUCAGCGGACCCACCGAGCCCAGGCAUGAGCCUCUUCUGCCAGUGGAGCCUUAUCAGCCAUGGGCUAUCACCAACGGAUGGAAUGGGCCGGUUUACUGCGCUAAGGACCAGCCACAGUCAAACCAUCUAUGGAAGUCAUCCAUUCAAGACACUGUAUCUGGAGGGGAUGGCAGCUCUAUUCGACGUGGGAGGAAGAAGCGCGUGCCAUACACCAAGGUACAGCUGAAAGAACUGGAAAGGGAGUAUGCCGCCAAUAAAUUUAUCACAAAGGACAAACGACGAAGGAUAUCUGAUCAGUCAAACCUGACAGAGCGACAAGUGACUAUCUGGUUUCAGAACAGGCGAGUAAAAGAGAAGAAGGUUGUCAACAAAUUUAAGAGUCCCAGUUAGCUGUAUAUGGAACUACUGAAACAAAAAGACAGAAAAAGAAGAGACUUGAAGGUUGUUCAAUGAAAAUGAACUAUAUUAUAAUUUAUUACACAAUAUAAGGCGUCUCCUUCUCGCUCGCCAUGGGUUGGCUCUGU